ACUUAUAUUUGCGCGUGUUUUAAUAUAUAUGAUGAAUAUUCACUGCUGCCCCAAGUGGACAUCAGUUGGAGCCAAGAAACUAAUCUGUCUUUUGCUGUGCAUAUCAGUAUCUUGCUUGAUCACCUAUCGAGUACAUGUUUGGUUGAAGCAUUACGACAGUUUGGCAUCAAAAAUGAUUAUUUCAGCUUAUGAUGAUCAUCAAAGUAAUUUGCCGUUUCCUUUGAUCAGUAUCUGUAAUAUUAAUCCAGCAAGGGGAACUAAACUGUACAAUAUUCAGUCAGCUGAGUCUCAGGAUCGUGGUGUUGAUUAUGAAAUUUUCUCGGAUGCUUUUCAAGGACGUUCAAGUGAAAACCUCCCGGAAAGCAAACUUAAAGUGCCAAUUUUCAAGCUCAUGGAGAAAGCAUCUCAUCAGAUAGAUCAAAUGUUAAGAAGCUGUAAAGUUGGUCAAAGACAUUGUUCCGUACUGAAUUUUACAAAGAGUAUUCUACCGAAUGGAGCUUGUUAUACACUAGCUGGCGAUCUAACCGGCAUAGACGAAAUUCAAUUAGUGUUAGAUCCACAAAGUUACGAUUAUUUGGUACCGAAUCAAGGAUUUAUUGGUUUUCGCAUUUUACUACAUGGAUAUGGUGAUUCCUUAUGGGCAUUAAUACCAACUGCUGUUUAUGCUGGUCCAACAUUUCAUACUAUGUUACGUGCAGUUGGCCUUAAAAAGAUUUAUAAACAACAUUGUACAAGUCAAUCAAUCUGGGCUAGUUGUAUGCAUGACUGCAUGCAAGAAAUGUUAUUAGAAAAAUGUCAUUGUCAAUUGCCAGAUUGUACUGUUUUCGAAAUGAUGAGAUGUGGAUUAACUAUGAAUUCAAUGAUUGAAUAUCUAUCGCCAGUUCAAUGUCGAUGUCAUAAUCCAUGUGAAGCAAUAUCUUAUUCAGUGGAAUCCAUAACCCAAGCAUUAAAAUCACCAUUAUUAUUCACACAUUCUCUAAGUCUAUUUACUAAAAUAAAUCAAACCAAUUUUAAAUCAAACAAUAAUUUUCAACUACCUACUGAUCAACAACAAUUUAAUAACAAAAUUAUAUCGAAAAACCAAAAACUGACAACUGUUUCUGAUGACAUUAGUGAUUAUGAUCUUAAUAACAAUAAUCAUAAAAACUCUAAAGAAUUGAAUAUAAAUCAAUCGGAACAAUUUCUGCAUAUUUACAGAAAAGAGAUUUGGGAUGGCUUGCUCCUUCAAACAUGGGCAUUUCUACGCGAAGCUAAUCGUACAGCAUUUGAACAGUUAAGACAACUUUCUCGUCUUUUACAAAGUUUAAAUUUGGAUUUACAGACAGUAGAACGUACAGUUUAUAAAGUUCAUAGAAAACAUAGGUUCAAUUUAGAAGCUACUGACCUAAUGCUUUGGGAUAGUGAACGUUUAUCAACAAAUAAACAUCCUUCAGAUCGAUCUAACGGAUUAUGUAUGGAUAGUGAAGAACAUUCUCGUAUGCUAGAAAGGGUUAGCCGUUUAGGAAAGGAAUUCGUUCGCCUUUUUAGACAAAGCAUUUUGUUUCGGGAUAUAACAUUAGUCCCAGGACUAGAUUUUCACAUUCACCUUGUUCGUCUGUUUUUUUUAAACAUCGUCGAUGAGUUGGAUCGUCUCGCUAAUCAAUUAUUACACAACGACCUGUUUUCUGAUGUGACAAUGCUUGAUUUACAACGUAAAACAAGUCAGUGCAAGCAAACUAACAAUAAAUUAAUAUACAACGAUACUAGUUGGGAAAAUCAAUUAGAACAAUCACAGUUAAUUGUUGCCAGUGAAGAUAUAGCCAGUCUUCAAGCUGUUCUUCUAGCUACCGAUUCGCAGUUCAAACAAUUAAGAACGGUGUUUUCUAAAUUAGUUUUGGAUAACCGUGAAUUAAUUGAAACUGUCCCAAUUAAACGGGCUAGUUUAAACACUAAACCAGAUAGCUUGAUCAGCACCGAAGAAGGAUUAGUCAGUGUUACAAUACAGCUGACAAGGGAUAAAAAUCGUCUUAUACGUUUGGAAUCAGUACAGGCAAUUUAUAGUCCAAUCGCUGAACUAUUGGAUCUAAUAGUAUCUGGUCUAUUGCUUGCAUUUCUAUCUAUCUUCCUAGUAAAUAUUUGUGUUUCACACCCAAACAAUUCAGAUUCGUGUUAUUAUGAAUGCUGUUGCUGUUGUUCCACUUUCGUAAAUAAUUCUACUAAUUCUAAAUCAUGUGAAUCACCGAAAUUGGUUACUCAUACCACUUUACCUACAGCUUCAUAUAUUAAUUGUAAUACAGAUAGUGGAAGUUCUAGUAAACGUCUGCCAAAACUCAAUACUAUCUCAUAUAGGAAUUACAGUGACUUAAUACCAACCGAUAUUUUACAGAAAAAACCCACAGUGAAUUCAGUUUAUUUGUUUGAUUCACAUCAACAAGAUGGAGUCCCGAUUUCAAAUAAAUGUAUAAUAACAGGAUUACCAAUUACCAGUAAUAAGCCAUGUGCAAAACGUUUUGGAGAGAACUGUCGACAUAAUUUCAAUAUGUGUCCAAAUGAAUCAUCACAAUAUAUGACACACAAUUUACCUACUUUACCGGGAUCUUCAGUGACAUUACCGAAAUGGGACAAUAAAGUUCUUCAAAUUGAUGUGGAUGGUUUUAACUGCAUGGAUGUAUCUGAGCAUUCUACCACUGAAUGUGAGGGUGAGCAAUCACAUGCGAACACAAGAUUUCAAGUUAGAAUAUGCCUCAUAAUGCACUUUGGCGAUUACCAUAUUAUAUGCCCAAUCCAUCUCCAGAGUACUUCCCUAAUUUCCUCUUCAGCUCGAGGUUGAUUAGUUCUCUGACACAGAAGGCUGUUGCUGAUGGUAUACAGUCAACGGACAUUGAGUAUCUUGAGUAGACAGUUGUUUAGAAAUAACUGUACGUUUUUGAUGAUGGUUGUAGUAGAUCUCUUAGUUUCAGCUCGUACAGUAGAACUCACUGUCUUUACGUUCGCAUUGAAGAUUCUGAAUUCGAUGUUGCCUGACAGUCGUUUUGAGUUCCAUAUAUCCUUCAACUGUAGGGAUGCGGCCCGAUCCUGGCCUGUUUUUUUCUCUUCAUCGAUGAUGCUGUUCAGGUACGUGGAAGUUUCUACCUCUUUCAGGUUUCCUCUAUCAAAUGCGACUGGAUUGGUGUUCCCCGUGUUGUAUUUGAGGAUAUUGUUUUCUCCGUUGUGUAUUUUGAGGCCUACUGAUGCAGAGGCUUCUGCUACACUAGUUGUCUUCAACUGUAUUUGUCGGUGUCUAUGGAAUAGAGUGGCUGGGUCAUUUGCUUAGUUCAAACCGCUUAGUUGGAUGCAAGCUUUCCACUGUAAUCCGUUCUUGUUCUAAGGCAUGGUGGUCUUUAUAAUCCAGUCAACCAACAGAAGAAAGAGGAACGUAGAGAGUAAGUAAUCUUAUCUGACGCCAAUCCUCACUUGGAAUGCGUCUGUCAGCUGUCUCCCAUACAUGACUUUGCGAUGUAGUCCUUCGUAUGAAUUCCGUACGGUAUCGACGAUUUUCUCAGAUGCACCAUAGUGUUGAAACAUGUUCCAUAAGGUUCUUUUGUUCACACAGUCAAAUGCUUUUUCAUAGUCAAGGAAGUUGAUGUCUAGUGACUAGUUUCAUUCAACUGAUUGUUCAACGGUGAUCCGUAGUGUCAUGAUUUUGCCUGUGCACUAUCAAUCCUUACGGAAUCCGGACUGUUUAUCUCGAAGUUGAACGUCUACUGAAUCUUUCAUCCGGUUCAGGAACACUCUGUUGAAAACUUUUCCUGAUACCAGUAGUAGCGUGAUGCUUCGGUAGUUCUCACAUUUAUUGAGAUAUCAUUUCUUUGGUAUUUUGAUGAGAUGUCCUUCUUUCCACUCUGUCUCACAGGUAAUUAAAAUAACCCAUUGUAUCUUGAAUAUAUAUAAAGAGAACUCAGCGAAAAAAGUUUCGUUCCGAGGAAAUCAUUUACUCAAGGUGUACAUUUCUGUUUAUGAUUGUAUGUUAGAUAUAUGUCGAUAGAAGAUAGGACAAUAUUGCAUCACAAAGUUUUUCAAAACAUCAAACAUCAAAUCAACGUUAUCCAUGUCAUCAACAACAAUCACUUCCAAGACAACAACAACAACAACAGUUAAAUCAUCAACAAAACAGUGUCAACGAAUCAUGUAUUAGUUUUUGUGAUUGUUUGUAUUCUAUGGAAGAUAAUACAAAAACAGAUUCUGCAUCGUGUUUAAAUUCAAGUAAACUUUUAUUUUGUAAUAAUCAUUCAAACACUGUGAGAAAUUGUUCUUCUAUUAGAAAACCAACUGAUAUUAAUUAUAGUAAAAAUGAAAUGUUAAAUUGUUUAAUAGUAACACCACAACCACAGGAUACAACAUUUACUGAAGUUACACCAAAUAUUGUAACAACACAUCAAUUACCAUUCAGUGUUGAUUUACUUCAGUCAUCGCAAUUAAUAGACGAUAAGGCAACACUACCAGUAAACACAUCACAUUAAGAUAGACUGUUUUAGGGAGUACAAAUAUAAUCGGUAUAUCAGAGUUAUGUAUUAGGCACAGUUUUAAUAACAGAUCAGAAUAAUAUUCAUGAUUGUCAAUGUGCAUAAUAUAUAAUCAUGCAAUUUAACUUUAUUCAAUUUUUCAUUUCUUGAAAGUAUCCCAUUUUAUGUAUUAUGGAAAUGUAAUUACUCAAAAAAAGCAUUUGAUGUAGAUUUAUUAUUCAACUUUUCAUUUGUAUUUUUAAAUUCGUACAUUCCUUUCACUAUACACUCAUCAACACAUUAAAGCAUAUAGUUAUUCUAAAGCACUUGUUAAUUCUCUACCUAAACAUUUUGUC